AUGGCAGAUCCGGAUUCCCCUAUGGACUAUGCCACUCCGGGAGGAGAGCCAUAUGAGUACCCGGACAUCGACGAGACCAUCCAGUACCCUUGGCGGGAGAAUGGUGCUCGUACCAUACAGGGAAAUCAUGCUGACUCAGUGAUCGACCCGCGCUUGUAUCAAGGUCUCUUUCCUCAGCACGCGCCGAACGACGGCGCCAGAGAUGGGUAUCCAAACCAUGAAGCUAGGCGUGGCUCUGGGGAUAGUCAAGCCUUCCCUCAUGUGAAGUAUGGAGACGACAUGGAUGAUGACGAACCUGACUAUGAGUCCUCGCAAGAAGAAAGUGACAGUGACGAGGCGGACGAGUCUCUCGAAGACGAUGAUUCCGACGACUCUGCCGCGGCACGACGGCGCCGCCGCCGAGGGGGAGGACGCUUCUCCGGUCGUUAUGGCGCCCGUGGUGGAAAGGGCAUCAAACGAGGACCGCGCAAAGCGCUGGAUCCUGGACCAGAGUUCAAGAUGUUCCAUUCCCAAGCUACCUCCGCUUUCAUUGAUGGCGAUUACGAUCGCGCCCACGAGUUUGUAAACCAGGCCAUUCAGAUCAACCCUGAAAUGUUCCCAGCCCAUUCGCUGCUGUCAGAAAUUUGGCUGGCAAAAGGAGACGAAGUUCGGGCCUUGCAAGCGCUCUGGAAUGGUGCUCACACUCGACCGAAAGACCCUACAGUUUGGAUGAAAGUUGCGCGCCUUCUUCUGGACCGCGCUGGUGAAAGUCGUGGGAGUGCAUUGAAUGACGUGAUCUAUUGCUACAGCCGCAUAGUUGAUAUCCAGCCUGGGAACUACAACGUUCGAUUCCAGAGAGCAGCUCUUUAUCGGGAGCUUGGACACAACGGUAAGGCUGCUAGUGAGUAUGAGCGUAUUCUGCACGACAAGCCGUACAGCACACGAGCUCUGCGACACAUAGCAGAGAUCUUCAUUGAUCUCAACGACGUUGAGCGAGCCAUCACCCAUUGGUCGAAAAGUGUCAACCACUUCCUCUCGCUUAACCCGGACCAAGUCCGAGAUUUUACCUGGUCCGAUAUCAACAUUUAUGCAGAGCUCUUUGGAUAUGUGAGCCGCCCCAGCGAAGGCCUUUACCAUCUCAAAUCGCUCUCUAGGUGGAUGCUGGGUCGCAAGGAUGAUAUCAUGUGGGCAGAUUUUGAGGACGAUGAUAGAGAAUGGGACUCCCAGGAUUCACCCCGCCGAAUCAAAACCAAUGGAUAUAUUCCAAACCACUGGCCUCGAGACAGCUAUGGACUCGGGCUUCCCCUCGAGCUUCGGGUUAAAAUGGGGCUGUUCCGAUUGAAGAUGGGCGACAGACAUCACGAAGAAGCCAUGCAACAUUUAGAAUAUCUCAAUCCUGACGAUACCUCUGAGGGGGCUCGGAUUUUUGACUAUGGUGAUCUCUUCCGAGAAGUCGCAGACGCUUUGAAAGAGGCUGGUUUACUUGAAGAAGCCCUUCGGUUCUACGAGCCUAUCCAGCAGACCUCGGACUAUGCUGAUGUUGGAUUCUUUCUGGCUAUGGCCGACUGUUGCAUGCAACUAGGCAAGAUAGAGGAUGCCGAAAGCUGCUAUCUCACCGUUGCCGACCAUGACUCGAGUAACCUAGAGUCUCGUGCACAGCUUGCAAAGCUCUACGACAGCCUUGGAAUGCCCGAUCAAGCAUACAAGUACGUUAAUGAGGCUGUCUUGCUUACUCGACAGGAAAACAGGACCCGGCGGAGGAGAAAAGAUGCUCGACUGGAACAGCUUGCUGCCGAGUUUAGGAGGUCUGAACCUGUGACUCUCAGGCCCCUUGCGCCCAAACCUGGCCCAGUUGAUGCCUGGUCCGCGACCACUCCUGUGCAACUGGAGCCUGUGCAGCGAGGCGAAGCUGCCCGUACGGAUGAUAUCAAGUUCCUUUAUGCAAUGAUGCAACAACUCGAGCCCAAAGUCAAGGAUGGCAAUCUUGAAGCCACCGAGGACUGGCUCGAUAUUGCUGAUGCCUUGCUACGCGAGUUCCGAUCAAAUCGUAUCUUUUAUCCGAUGGCCCGUACGACCGAAUUUCAAGGUUAUUCCAGCCAAGCGCAACGGAAGGCCAACGGAUCUAAGAACAGCGUCUUUUUGAAUGAGAUGGAAGAGAUAGCCGGCCGCUUGCAAAAGUCGAGAGGUGAUGAAGAAGUAGAGGAACCAUUACAAGGCGUUGUUCCAACGGAAUAUCACGGCAUUCCUUUUGAUGCGUGGCUUGACAUAUUCCUCAAGUAUUCCCUUACCAUCACUGAUCAGGGUGAACCAAUUGAGGCUUACGAAGCCCUCGAAGCUGCUGCGACCGCUAGUGUUUGGUUCCAUGAUAAGCGGAAAUCCCGCAUUAUUCAUGUCUGCUGGUUAACAUGUGCGCUUCGCGCCCAGGAUGAGGACGCCCUCACGAGCGAGGCUCGUUGGUUCGUGAAGGAGUAUCAAUUUGUCACAGAUACGUAUCGCCUCUUCUCGAUGCUGAGUCACCUUGCGGGCAACCCUCGGAAAUCCCUUUUCAACUCCGCUCCGAGCAUGAAGUUUAUGCUCCGCCAAAUCAAGGCUAUGGACUUCACUCUACCCGAUGCGGAUGAUAAGCCCAAGCCGCCGCGGCAGUCUGUUUGGAGAGAACGUGCCGCCCUUUCAACCAAAGAUGAGAAUGGCAAAGACAUCCCGGCUUAUGACCUAGACAUCGCUCUGCUCGUGCUUUACGGCCACAUCCUCUACUCUGGAAACAGCUUCUACCCCGCUCUGAACUACUUCUUCCGUGCCUACGCUCUCGAUGAUCAGAACCCAGUUGUCCUUCUCUCCAUUGCGCUCUGCUACAUCCACCAUUCCCAUAAGCGGCAGUGCGACAACCGUCACUACCUUAUCAUGCAGGGUCUUUCAUUUAUGCAUGAGUACCGCCGUGUUCGCGAGAAGGACGGAGCCACGCUGCAAGAGCAUCAAGAAGUGGAGUUCAAUUUCGCUCGUGUCUAUCACGGUCUCAACCUAUCCCACCUGGCCGUCGAAGGUUAUAAGCGAGUUCUCCAAAUAGGUGAAGAAAUUCAGCAACAGACCUUGAGACAGUCCACCAGCGCCACAGACGGUGAUGAUGUGAAUAUGGACUGGGCAAAUGACGGGGCUGUGACUUUGGGGCCGAAUUUUGUGGAGGAUUUUUCACGUGAGGCUGCAUUUGCUUUGCAAGGUCUCCAUAUACUCGGUGGUGAUACGCUUACCGCCAAGGAUGUCACUGAAAAGUGGCUUGUGAUUUGA